AUGUCUACUACACACCAAGGGAAAUCUUGCGCUGUAUUUCAAGAUUUUCGUUUUCGUAAAGUUCAUCAAAAUAAAAAUUCAUCUGUUUUAUUUAAAUGUACAAUAAACAAAUGUUCAGCAUACAUAACAGUUGAUACCAGCUUGAACGUUAUUCGUACAAGUGGUGUUCAUAAUCAUUUGGUUAAGAUUGAUGAAGAAACUAAAAAUGUUAUUCGUGGCAUGAAACGUAAAAUUGAAGAAGAUCCUGGUCGUCCAAUACCACAAGUGUAUCAAGCAGAACGUGCUAUUUUCGGUCGAUCUGGUGGCGUGGUGGGAAAAUUACCUUGCUUAGCUAGUGUCAGAUCAACAUUGUAUAGAACACGUUUGGAAACAUUACCAGUACUUCCAAAAUCAGUUGAACAAUUACAAAUACCAGCAUCUAUGGCUGUAACAAUUAACCAACAACAAUUUCUAAUAUAUCAUAUGAAUAAUAUAGUUGUAUAUGCUUCACCAACUGGUCUACAAAUGCUGCAACAAAAUUCACAUUGGAAUGCAGAUGGAACUUUCAAAACAGCACCAAUGUAUUUUUCACAAUCAUAUUCAAUUCAUGUAUGGGAUGUAUUAACAAUGAAACCAGCAUUAUUUUGUGCUUUACCUGGUAAAACAUUUGAAAUCUAUAAAGAAGUAUUAACAGGUUUAAAUUGUCAUGCAAGUAAUGUUGGUAUCAUAUUGAAUCCACAAACGAUUCUAAUUGAUUUUGAAUUAGGUGCUUAUAAUGCAUUUUCUGAUGUGUAUCCAAAUGCAAUUGUUAAGGGUUGCUAUUUUCAUUUUACCAAAAAUAUUUGGAAAAGAAUAAAAAAGUUAGGUUUAGUUCGAGAUUGUAAAAAAGAAGAAAUUAGACGAGAAAUAGCUAAUAUAAUGUCAUUGCCAUUGUUACCUAUGAAUGAACUUAAUAAUUCAAUGGAAUUAAUUAUUGAUACAUUAAGUAAUAUAGAUGAUAAAUAUAUAAAAUUAACUGAUUAUGUAAUAACAACAUAUAUCUCCGGAAAAUUUGAUAUCCAGUUUUGGAAUUUAUAUGAUACCAUUGGUGUACGUCCACGUACUAAUAAUCAUGUUGAAGGAUGGCAUCGGGCCCAAAAUUCGAAAUUAUCAACACACCCGAAUAUAUGGAUGUGGGUGAAAAAUAUACAAAAAGAAGAGGAAGAUGCACGUUAUAAUCGUGAACAAGAACUUUUUCAAGACUUACCUUCAAAAAAAUAG